UCUGUGUGUGAGAGAGAGAGAAGACGUGUGUGUUAAGACUGAAGGCAAUAUAAUAUUGAUGACGUUCACUUGCAGAGAAAGUUCUCACACAAGAAAACAAACACAAAAAAGAAAUUCAUAUAAUGAUUUAUAUGCGUUUCACUACUCACCACAAGAGAAGAAAUUUAGCCGCGAGAACGGCUGGUCUAUCUUCCAUGACGAGAAAGAGUUUGGUGGAAUGGGCAUUCCCAACGAUUACUGGCAUUACAGUCCAUUGAAUGAGAACUACAAGCUUUGUCAGACGUAUCCUGAGUGGCUGUAUGUGUCGAGUGGCGUGAGUGAAGAAGUCGUGAAUGGCAGUGCUAAGUUUAGGAGUCGAGAGAGAGUACCAGCAUUGUCAUAUUACCACCAAGAGACACAGGCAGCAUUAUGUCGUUGCAGUCAGCCACUAAGUGGGAUGGUCAAACGAUCAUCAGACGACGAAACGUAUUUGGAAACGAUUGCACGAGCGAAUCCCAACAAAGGAUACAUGUAUGUAGUCGACACACGCCCACGGAUCAAUGCAAUGGCCAACAAAGCAGCAGGAAAAGGUUAUGAGAAUACAAAUGUUUACAGCAAAAUCGAGUUUCACUUUUUGGGAAUUCCCAACAUUCAUGUGAUGCGUGACAGUUUGAACAAACUGGUAGAAGUUGUGUCGAAUCCUAGUUUGAGUAUGAUAGAGUUUCUCAGUGGUAUUGCGAGCAGCAGUCGGUUGUAACAUAUUAGGAGUGUUGUGGAGACAUCAAUUUUUAUAGCAGAGGUUUUGGUGAGGAAAUCAUCAUGAUCACGCUGUGCUGAUUCGAGAAAUCAACAUGCACAAUCUUGUCUUGCAAGCAUCAUACAGGAAACAGAGAAUUGGCGGAAAGAGAAAUCAGUCCUAGAACAUGUUAAUACAUACAACACAGACAGAAUCAUGGUAUAAAUAGAAUAAUAAAUCAACAGACAAGCAGACAGAAACAGAAGUGUAUUGCAAGACAAGAGUAACAAAAUAAUAAAUUUUAGUAAGCAAAUGUACCUCAUGUGUUGUAACAUAAGAAUGACACACAUUGAUGCUUCUU